AGAGCACGUAAGAAGUCGUAGACAAAUCCAAUUCGAUUAUGGCGGCGGUUACAAUGGCGUUAGAAGUUCGACACUAGUUAACUGUAGCGCUUCCAAAGAACUUGCAGGGCGUUUGACUCGUUCUACGUUUGGCGCUGAAAAUGAGUCAUGGGAGUGCAAGUAAGGUGGGGGAAAUUUUCACAGCCGCGGGAGCUGCGUUCACCAAGCUCGGUGAAUUGGCUGUCCAGCUGUACUCUGCUUCUGAGCCAUCGCCAGCCGGGGGCAAGUGGACUGACGACGAGGUCGAGAUGCUGCGCAGUGCAGUGAAGCGCUUUGGAGACGACCUGAAUAAACUUAGCGAUCACAUAAAGAAUCGCACCAUCAGUCAGAUCAAGAACAGCAUGAAGCGUAAAGCAUAUGAGGAGGCAGGCAUUCCCAUUAAGAAGGCCCCGCCCAAGGCAGAAGCGGCACCACCACCUCCACAACCAACAUUAGCUGCAGGCCUGCAAGCUGCCACAAAGUCUGCUGACAUAACACUGAACAUGCUGAAUGCAACCGAGACUGAAGUAGACGUUGAAGGCCUGGGUGGAACUGGCAAACUUGACUACGACAGCUCCUCCUAAGGUCACCACCACCUGAAUAUCAUUCACAAGUUCAUGUACAAAUCAUAUCUCAAUGCAAAUGAAACUCAUCAGUGAUCAAA